UACAGUUUAUUUGAUUUGGAGUUUGCUUCAGUCUCCAUUUAUUGAACUAUGGAUCUGAUUGGUUUUGUGCUGAUAUUCACUGUUAUUGUGAGUAAUAGGGCUCAAGCUGAGCACAGGGAUUUUCAGUUUGUGGGAUGUUCUGAUACAGAGAAAGAGUAUUUGAUGGGAUUUGAUGGAGAGGAGCUGUUCCAUUCAGACUUCAUUAGAAAAGAAGGAGUAGUGACACAGCCUGACUUUGCAGAUCCUAUCAGCAAUCCUGGAGGUUAUGAGAAUAGUGUUGCUCAAAUGGAGGUCUGCAAACAAAAUUUAGCCACAUACAUUAAGGCAUACAACUCCCCAGAAGAGCAACUAGACCCUCCUGUGACAUCCAUCUAUUCAGAAGAUGAAGUGGUUCUGGAUGUAAAAAACACACUCAUCUGUCAUGUGACUGGAUUCUUCCCUCCACCUGUCAAUGUCUCCUGGACAAAAAACAAUGAGAUUGUUACGGAGGACAUUAGUUUAAGCCAGUACCACAGAAACAGUGAUGGCACCUUCAAUAUGUUCUCUGCUCUGAAGUUCACACCUGCUGAAGGAGACAUUUACAGCUGCACAGUGAACCACAGAUCCAUUCAAGGCCAACCCAACACUAAAACAUGGGAGGUGGACACUGAGCUGCCCAGUGUUGGUCCAGCAGUGUUCUGUGGAGUGGGUCUGGUUCUGGGGCUGCUGGGAGUCGCUGCUGGAACUUUCUUCCUCAUUAAAGGAAACAACUGCAACUGACAGCUCUUACACACGAACACAAUCUUAUUCUGUAAUUCUUAUUCUGUGUACUGCUAUAUGACAAUAUCUUACCUUAAUUUCUGUAAAAUUUUGUGUUUUGUCUCUAAAAAACAAAAUGUAUGCCAAACCAUAUUUGGUGGGAUACGAGUUGUUCUUUCAUUUAAAUAUAAAAGAUAGAAAUUUCAAACAA